AUGGCUCACCAUAUUACAUUUCUUUGGAUAAUUUUGGUCCUGCUUCUUCAGAAUUCUGUAUUAGCUGAAGAUGGGGAAAUAAGAUCAAGUUGUCGUACUGCUCCAACAGAUUUAGUUUUCAUCUUGGAUGGCUCUUACAGUGUUGGCCCAGAAAACUUUGAAAUAGUGAAAAAGUGGCUUGUCAAUAUCACAAAAAACUUUGACAUAGGACCGAAGUUUAUUCAGGUUGGAGUGGUUCAGUAUAGUGACUACCCUGUCCUGGAGAUUCCCCUUGGGAGCCAUGAAUCAGGAGAGAAUUUGAUGGCAGCCAUGGAGUCCAUACACUACUUGGGAGGAAACACAAAGACUGGAAAGGCCAUCCAGUUUGCCCUUGAUUACCUUUUUGCCAAGUCUUCACGAUUGCUGACUAAGAUAGCAGUAGUCCUUACAGAUGGUAAAUCCCAAGAUGAAGUCAAGGAUGUGGCAGAAGCAGCAAGAGACAGUAAAAUAACAUUAUUUGCCAUCGGUGUUGGUUCAGAAACAGAAGACGCAGAACUUAGAGCUAUUGCCAACAAGCCUUCAUCUACUUAUGUGUUUUAUGUGGAAGACUAUAUUGCAAUAUCCAAAAUAAGGGAGGUGAUGAAGCAGAAACUUUGUGAAGAAUCUGUCUGUCCAACACGAAUUCCAGUGGCAGCUCGUGAUGAGAAGGGGUUUGAUAUUCUUUUAGGCUUGGGUGUAAAGAAAAAGGCUAAGAAACGAAUUCAGCUUUCACCCACAAAGAUAAAAGGAUAUGAAGUGACAUCAAAAGUUGAUUUAUCAGAACUCACAAGCAACGUUUUCCCAGAAGGUCUUCCUCCAUCAUAUGUAUUUGUCUCCACUCAGAGAUUUAAGGUCAAGAAAGUGUGGGAUUUAUGGAGAAUUUUAACCGUUGACGGAAGGCCACAAAUAGCAGUCACCUUAAAUGGAGUGGAUAAAACUUUAUUAUUUACAACAACCAGCAUCAUUAAUGGCUCACAACUGGUCAACUUUGCUGCCCCUCGUGUUAAGACAUUAUUUGAUGAAGGCUGGCAUCAGAUUCGUCUCUUAGUAACCGAACAAGAUGUAACUCUGUAUAUUGAUGAUCAACAAAUUGAAAGCAAGCCCUUACAUCCAGUUUUAGGGAUGUUCAUCAGUGGGCAAACCCAAAUUGGAAAAUACUCUGGGAAAGAAGAAACCGUUCAGUUUGAUGUCCAAAAGUUACGAAUCUACUGUGACCCAGAGCAGAACAACCGGGAGACAGCAUGUGAGAUUCCUGGAUUUAACGGUGAGUGCUUCAAUGGUCCCAGUGAUGUUGGUUCAACGGCAGCUCCCUGUAUUUGUCCUCCAGGAAAACCAGGACUACAAGGCCCCAAAGGUGACCCUGGACAGCCUGGGAACCCUGGAUACCCUGGACAACCUGGUCAAGAUGGUAAGCCUGGAUAUCAGGGAAUGGCAGGAUCACCAGGUGUUCCAGGAUCCCCAGGAAUACAAGGAGCACGAGGACUACCAGGUUAUAAAGGAGAAUUGGGGAGAGAUGGAGAAAAGGGUGACCGUGGACUUCCUGGUUUUCCUGGGCUUCGUGGAAUGCCAGGAUCAAAGGGUGAAAUGGGUCCCAAAGGAGAUAAAGGAUCACCUGGAUUUUAUGGCAAAAAGGGUGCAAAAGGUGAAAAGGGGAAUGCUGGUUUUCCUGGCCUUCCUGGACGUGCUGGAGAACCAGGAAGACAUGGAAAGGAUGGAUUAAUGGGUAGCCCUGGUUACAAGGGAGAAGCAGGACCUCCAGGUGCUCCAGGGCAGGAUGGAUCACGGGGUGAGCCUGGAAUCCCAGGAUUUCCUGGAAACCAAGGAUUAAUGGGACAAAAAGGAGAAAUUGGGCCUCCAGGACCACUAGGAAAAAAAGGAGCUCCGGGGAUACCUGGUUUGAUGGGAAGCGAAGGCUCACCAGGUCAGCCUGGAGCCCCAGGAUCUAAGGGAAAUAAAGGUGAACCUGGACUUCAAGGGCUGCCUGGGGCUUCUGGGCUCAAGGGAGAACCAGGAGCACUGGGUCCGCCAGGAGAACCAGGAUACCUGGGUUUACCUGGAAUUCAAGGGAAAAAGGGGGACAAAGGAAAUCAAGGCGAAAAGGGCAUUCAGGGUCAAAAGGGAGAGAAUGGAAGACCAGGGAUUCCAGGGCCACAGGGAAUUCAAGGCCAUCUUGGUACAAAAGGAGAGAGAGGUGAAAAGGGAGAGCCUGGUGCCAGAGGUGCCACUGGACCCAAAGGAGAAUCUGGAGUGAAUGGUCUGAUGGGGCCUACAGGUCCCCAGGGGCAACCCGGGGAAGCAGGUCCUCAGGGACCCCCAGGACUGGAUGGGAAGCCCGGGAGAGAAUUUUCAGAACAGUUUAUUCGACAAGUCUGCACUGACGUAUUAAGAGCCCAGCUACCUGUCUUACUUCAAAGUGGAAGAAUUCAGAGUUGUGAUCACUGCCAGUCCCAGCACGGCUCCCCUGGUAUUCCUGGGCCACCUGGUCCCAUGGGCCCAGAAGGUCCCCGAGGAUUCCCUGGUUUGCCAGGAAGAGAUGGUGUUCCUGGAUUAAUGGGAGCUCCGGGACGCCCAGGUGCCAAAGGAUUAAAAGGCCUACCAGGACGAAAUGGGGCAAAGGGGAGCCAAGGGCUUGGGUACCCUGGAGUACAAGGUCCUCCUGGUCCCCCAGGUCCAGAGGGCCCCCCUGGAAUAAGCAAAGAAGGUCCUCCAGGAGACCCAGGUCUCCCCGGCAAAGACGGAGACCACGGAAAACCUGGAAUCCAAGGGCAGCCAGGACCCCCGGGCAUCUGUGAUCCAUCACUGUGUUUUAGUGUCAUUGUCAGAAGAGAUCCCUUUAGAAAAGGACCAAACUAUUAG